GUCAGCUUUAUAAGGGAGUCAACACUGAAGCAAAUAAAGCUUUACUGGCUCCAGAAGAAAAAUUAUUUUAGACAUUAAAUAAGACAUUUAAAGGAAAUAAAAAUCAACACAACAAAAAUGAAUAAGGACAGAAACCCAAUUAGUUUGAUCGCCAUUAUUGUCUCUUUUCUGCUAAGUUACAGCAUAGCUUUAGGUGAAAAGGACCAGAUGAACCAGAUGUUUAGCAGAGGACUUCGACUUAUUGUAGAGGUUCCACGUGUCCAUGUUGAACAUUUGAUGAUCCCGAAGGUGCAUGUUCUUCUACCUGCUGGAGUUGAGAAGUGGCGCUCAAACAAAGUAACUCUUGCAUGUGUCAUUACUGGAUUACAAACUAAAGGCGUGAAAAUCACAUGGAAGGUAAACGGAGCAACAGGUUUAAAAAAGCAUGUCAGUUCUCCUCAAGUGCACAAAGGGCCCGCAGGUACGUUCUCUGCUGUGGGACUGUACUCAGUUCUUGCUCAUAAUUGGAGUCAUGAGAAUGUGUAUAGGUGUGAGGUGUCAUACAAAGGACCAUUUUAUUAUAAAAAGGCAGAGUCGUCUCCUUGCAGUCCUGCUGAGAGACUGUAACUGCGUCUAUUGUUGGAGAGUCUCAGAUAAGAACCAUCAAAAAUGAGAUCUAUAUGUUGACUGCUGAGCUGGAGGUUGUAUUUCACAUAAACUUUUGAAAGUAAUACAUUUCAAUAUGGAGUUACUCUCCAAAAAAGCAACUAGUUGUUUCAGUUGUUUACUUUUUUAAUGUAAGUAAUGCGUUAUGUUAAUUUUGAGUUACUUUUUCGUUACCUGGCUGAGGCUUGAUUUUUCUUUUUUCUUUUUUUAAUAGCUCUUUAAUUAACAACACACUGUACAACCUUCAUUUACCAUUAAAAAAUAGGAUAAUGUUAUCUUCUGACAACUUCUUGACUCCAGAUCUAUACAUGGAGAAUAUAAAAAUUAAUGAAAAUAUAAGGCAAUGUGUUUGCUUCUUUUGUACUUUUUUUUUAUUAUGAGUUAAGUAAUAUCACUGUGCAUUGAGACAAUCCCCUUUUCCAUUUCUUUAAUGCAUUCAAAAUAAUGAGAAGACUUCCAUCAUAGAUUUGUAGGUCUUUUUAUUCUGUUCCUGCAGGAAUCGCAUUCUCUCAUUGAAUCUUUGAUUCAAGGUGAUUACGUAAAAUUUAGUACAGCAAUUUAUUUUUUUAAAAGUUAAUUGAUUAAUCUAAACUCUGACACAGUUUUUUUUUAAAGAAUUCAAAUAUUAUCUUUUUUUAAGUAAUGUGUCGUACUUGUUACUUAGAAAUGUAAUACUAUUACGGAACUUUUGUCACUUGUGAUGCAUUAACCCAACAAUGCAUCAAAAAGUCUAU